AUGUCCAACAACAGUCAUACGGCCAUCUUGGAUCUAUUCAAUGCGACCAGAAGCAUGUCUCCUCCUGACUCAGACACCAGUGGUGUGAGUACUGGUUCAGAAAUCUCAGAGGCGGCCCUUCCUGGCAACGGCAACAUGUCACCUACCAUCGACCUCUUGAAGGCUCUUGGACUUCAAUCGGACAUUCCUAUGCAGAGACAAGUGGGACAUGGAAUGCAACAGCAACCCUUGUAUAACGACUUCAGCAUGAGUGCCGAUCUCUUUGCCAGCAGGCCUUGGACUUCCUUGAACACUCUUUUCUCUACAAGUGCCACCGAUCCUUAUUCAAUUGAAAGGGCAGCUAAGUUGUACAGGAAUGCAGCAACAAUCUCCGAACCAACUUGCACAUGGAGUGGCCAACUGCCCAUGAAAAUUUACCGCAAUCCUGUUUACUCUUUCAAAGUUUUUCUUGGAGGUGUUCCUUGGGAUAUUACUGAAGCUGGCCUGCAAAGCUGCUUCAGAUCAUUUGGAGCCCUGAAAAUUGAAUGGCCGGGGAAAGAUGGCAAACAUCCGAGAUAUCCAAUCAAAGGAAAGGAGCUUCCAGUUGGCUACGUGUACAUUCUUUUUGAAUCGGAGAGAUCGGUCCGUUCCUUACUGCAAGCUUGCACUCAUGAUUUCUCUAAUGGAGGAGAAUAUUACUUUAAAAUUUCCAGCAAACGAAUGAGAUCAAAAGAGGUUCAAGUGAUUCCAUGGAUCAUCAGUGACAGUAAUUAUGUGAAGAGUCCAUCACAACGGUUGGAACCUCAAAAAACAGUCUUUGUGGGAGCUCUGCAUGGAAUGCUGAACGCCGAAGGACUUGCCCAUAUUCUGAAUGAUUUGUUUGGGAACGUUGUCUAUGCGGGCAUUGAUACGGACAAGCACAAAUAUCCAAUCGGUUCAGGAAGAGUAACUUUCAGUUCUCACAAAUCUUACGUGAAAGCCGUCACCGCUGCUUUUGUGGAAAUAAAAACUGCCAAAUUCACUAAGAAGAUCCAGAUUGAUCCCUAUUUGGAAGAGUCCCAAUGCAACGUGUGUCAGAAGGAGCAUGGUGUGUAUUUCUGCAGAGACUUCAACUGUUUCCUCUAUUAUUGCAGAAGCUGCUGGCAAACGUACCACUCAUCUGAUAACACCCGCUACCACAAACCUCUCAUGAGAAACAACAAGUCGUCUGCCAAGUGCUGCCCAGUGGUUGAGUUGCCGCCCGUCUGA